AUGGAGUCCAACACAAUCCAGGUUUCUGAACUACUCUACCUUGUGGCACAAUAUUUGCCACCUAUCCUCCUCCCCACUAGUAUCAAUAUCUCAUUAUCGCCAUCAUCAUCAUUAUCAGGUUUCAAAGAAUUAACGACAAAGACCUCAUUCAGGCCACCAAUACCUCCUCUCAAAACCAACUAUCUCAAAGUUUCUAGCGACUACUAUCAAGACUCUAAAAUUUCACCACCUCGGAAUCUGCUUACCAUCAUUCGUCAUUGUCCAUAUCUCACAGAGCUUGUGCUUGUUGUGGAUAAAUUGCUUACUGCACAACACUUGAAGCCACUGGAGCAAAAUUCAUUAAGUAUUGACAGUGACAGUAACAGCAAUAGUCAAGGAAAGAAUAAGAAUGCUACAGCGGUCAAGGUCGCCCAGCUGGCCAAGCUCUUGGCAAAUUGUUUACAAACAGAUUGA